CCGCACAACUCCACACCCAGGAGACUGGCUGAGGGCAGGACCAGCCCCGGCCGGGAGGAGUAGGAAGAAGUCAGACCUCAGUGACGGGCGGGCACCUCCCGUCUGCCAAGUGCCGACCCUAUGCCAGGAGGAGCGCCCGAGAUGGACGACUACAUGGAGACGCUGAAGGAUGAGGAGGACGCCCUGUGGGAGAACGUGGAGUGCAACCGGCACAUGCUGAGUCGCUACAUCAACCCCGCCAAGCUCACCCCCUACCUGCGCCAGUGCAAGGUCAUCGACGAGCAGGAUGAAGAUGAGGUGCUCAACGCCCCCAUGCUGCCGUCCAAGAUCAACCGGGCAGGUCGACUGUUGGACAUUCUACAUACCAAGGGGCAAAGGGGCUAUGUGGUUUUCUUGGAGAGCUUGGAAUUUUACUACCCAGAAUUAUACAAACUGGUGACUGGGAAGGAACCUACUCGGAGGUUCUCCACCAUUGUGGUGGAGGAGGGUCACGAGGGCCUCACGCACUUCCUGAUGAACGAGGUCAUCAAGCUGCAGCAGCAGAUGAAGGCCAAGGACCUGCAGCGGUGCGAGCUGCUGGCCAAGUCCCGGCAGCUGGAGGACGAGAAGAAGCAGCUGACGCUGACGCGGGUGGAGCUGCUGACCUUCCAGGAGCGCUACUACAAGAUGAAAGAGGAGCGAGACAGCUACAACGACGAGCUGGUCAAGGUGAAGGACGACAACUACAACCUGGCCAUGCGCUACGCCCAGCUCAGCGAGGAGAAAAACAUGGCGGUCAUGCGCAGCCGAGACCUCCAGCUCGAGAUUGACCAGCUCAAGCAUCGGUUGAACAAGAUGGAGGAGGAAUGCAAGCUGGAGAGGAACCAGUCGCUGAAACUGAAGAACGACAUAGAAAACCGGCCCAAGAAGGAGCAAGUCCUGGAGCUGGAGCGGGAGAACGAGAUGCUGAAGACCAAGAUCCAGGAGCUGCAGUCCAUCAUCCAGGCCGGGAAGCGCAGCCUGCCAGACUCAGACAAGGCCAUCCUGGACAUCCUGGAGCAUGACCGCAAGGAGGCCCUGGAGGACCGGCAGGAGCUCGUCAACAAGAUCUACAACCUGCAGGAGGAGGUCCGCCAGGCGGAGGAGCUGAGGGACAAGUACCUGGAGGAGAAGGAGGACCUGGAGCUGAAGUGCUCCACGCUGGGGAAGGACUGCGAGAUGUACAAGCACCGCAUGAACACCGUCANUGAUUUGGGGCGGCCUUGUCCUCCGCCUCCCGGGCAGGCCUUCCACUCCCGGGACGAAGCGCAGACCCAGUACUCCCAGUGCCUGAUCGAAAAGGACAAGUACCGGAAGCAGAUCCGCGAGCUGGAGGAGAAGAACGACGAGAUGCGCAUUGAGAUGGUUCGGCGGGAGGCCUGCAUCGUCAACCUGGAAAGCAAGCUGCGGCGCCUCUCCAAGGACUGCGGCACCCUCGAGCAGAGUCUGCCCAGGAACCUGCCGGUGACCAUCAUCUCUCAGAACUUCGGGGACACCAGCCCCAGGAUCAACGGUCAGGAGGCCGACGACUCUUCCACCUCGGAGGACUCACCAGAGGACAGCCGCUACUUCCUGCCCCACCACCCGCCCAAGCGCAGGAUGAACCUGAAGGGCAUCCAGCUGCAGAGAGCCAAGUCCCCCAUCAGCCUGAAGCGAACAUCAGACUUUCAAGGGAGGGGACAGGAAGAGGACCUCCUGGACGCCAGCCCCAGCUCCUCCCGGUCCCUGCCCGUCACCAACUCCUUCUCCAAGAUGCAGCCCCAUCGGAGCCGUUCCAGCAUCAUGUCAAUCACGGCCGAGCCCCCGGGAAACGACUCCAUCGUCAGACGGUACAAGGAAGAUGCGCCUCAUCGGAGCACAGUUGAGGAAGACAACGACAGCGGUGGCUUCGAUGCCUUAGACCUCGAUGAUGACAGUCACGAGCGGUGCUCCUUUGGACCCCCCUCCAUCCACUCCUCCUCCUCCUCCCACCAGUCUGAGGGCCUGGACGCCUAUGACCUGGAACAGGUCAACCUCAUGUUUAGGAAGUUCUCUCUAGAAAGACCCUUCCGGCCGUCGGUCACGUCCGUGGGGCACGUGCGGGGCCCCGGGCUCUCGGUGCAGCACACCACACUCAGCGGCGACGGUCUCAUCUCCCAGCUCAGCCUGCUCGGGGGCAACGCCAGCGGGAGCUUCGUCCACUUCGUCAAGCCGGGCUCCCUCGCCGAGAAGGCUGGCCUCCGCGAGGGCCACCAGCUGCUGCUGAGCCUGUGCGCACGCACACUCACACUCUGGGCGAUGGACGGGAGGCACGUGAACCCCUUUUCAGUGGGGGGCUUCCUGCCCUUGGCAGCACUGAGCCGGUCUUCGCUGGGGACGGGGGCUUCUACCCGCGGGCUGAGGUUUGCUUCUUCUCCCCGGCCUCCCGGCCUUGACGUGGACGCUGACUCUGGGGUGGCCGCUCCAACACCAGCAGGCCCGCUGAGCCACACCGCGGCCAAGGCAGCGCGGCCUCGCCCCGCCUCUCGGUACCGGAAGCUGCUAAAGGACAUGGAGGAGGGCCUGAUCACGUCGGGGGACUCGUUCUAUAUCCGGCUGAACUUGAACAUCUCCAGCCAGCUGGACGCCUGCUCCAUGUCCCUGAAGUGUGACGAUGUUGUGCAUGUCCGUGACACCAUGUACCAGGACAAGCAUGAGUGGCUGUGUGCGCGCGUCGACCCCUUCACAGACCACGACCUGGACAUGGGCACCAUCCCCAGCUACAGCCGGGCCCAGCAGCUCCUCCUGGUCAAGCUGCAGCGCCUGAUGCACCGGGGCAGCCGGGAGGAGGCCGAUACGGCCCACCACACACUGCGAGCCCUCCGGAACACCCUGCAGCCCGAAGAACCGCUCCCCACCACGGACCCCCGGGUCAGUCCCCGCCUCUCGCGAGCAAGCUUCCUGUUCGGCCAGCUCCUUCAGUUCGUCAGCAGGUCUGAGAACAAGUACAAGCGGAUGAACAGCCAUGAGCGGGUGCGAAUCGUCUCGGGGAGUCCACGGGGCAGCCUGGCCCGGUCCUCGCUGGAUGCCACGAAGCUCCUGACUGAGAAGCAGGAAGAGCUGGACCCAGAGAGCGAGCUGGGCAAGAACCUCAGCCUGAUCCCCUACAGCCUGGUGCGUGCCUUCUACUGCGAACGCCGCCGGCCUGUCCUCUUCACGCCCACCAUGCUGGCCAAGGCGCUGGUCCAGAAGCUGCUCAACUCCGGGGGUGCGAUGGAGUUCACCAUGUGCAAGCCGGAACAAGCACUGUCUGCUGGAGGAUCCGCUGGUGGCACUCGGGGGCUCUCUAGCCCCAUGGAGCUGGCCCUGCCCCAGAACAAGCACUGUCUGCUGGAGGCAGGGAUCAGCUGCACCAGAGACCUGAUCAAGUCCCGAAUCUACCCCAUCGUGCUGUUCGUCCGCGUGUCAGAGAAGAACAUCAAGAAGUUCCGGAAGAUGCUGCCCCGGCCCGAGACGGAGGACGAGUUCCUGCGCCUGUGCCGGCUGAAGGAGAAGGAGCUGGAGGCGCUGCCUUGCCUGUACGCCACGGUGGAGGCCGACGCGUGGGGCAGCCUGGAGGAGCUGCUGCGCGUCAUCAAGGACAAGAUCGCCGAGGAGCAGCGCAAGACCGUCUGGGUGGACGAGGACCAGCUGUGA